CCGAGCAAGUACAACCAGCGCUGAUUCUUUGUCUCCAGGUCAUGGGGACGACCCAGGUGACUUCAGCCUAGAAGAUGCCCUGUAUGACCUCAGCACCAAACGACCCACUCCCAAGGGCCCCAGAAAGCCGGCAGGUGGGACAGGCUUUGAUCUGGCUGAUUACUUUGACACCCCUCUGGAGACUACCACCAAACCAGCCAAGCCGACUGCGAAGCCCUUCCCCAGGCCAGGGAAGCCAGACAACAGCUUUUGGGAUGUCAUCCGCACAACCAAGCAGCCAAAAACUACAAGGGCCCCCCCCAAGCAUAACCCAGCAAAGAAUUCUAUGGAUCUUGACUUGGCUGAUGCCCUUGAUGAUAAGAACGAUGGGAAAGAUGCUGGGAGGCCGGACAUAAGGCCAGGUGAAGGAUUUUCAGAUGAUGACCUGGCCAGCAUCGUGGAUGGUGGCUACAGUCCAGACAAGAAGAAAGGUGCUGGAGGCAGCACCGAUAGCGACUACAAUGGAGGCAGAGUGGCUGAGACCGGGACAAUUGCCGGCAUCGCCAGUGCCCUGGCCAUGGCGCUCAUUGGGGCUGUCUCCAGCUACAUCUCCUACCAGCAGAAGAAGUUCUGCUUCAGCAUCCAGCAGGGACUUAACUCGGAAUAUGUGAAAGGAGAAAACAUGGAAGCUGUUGUAAGCGAGGAACCCCAAGUUAAAUAAUCAGUACUGGAAACACAGUCAGCAGAACCACCAAAACAAGACAGUGCAAAGAUAUAAAGCAUGACCCGGGGCAAGAAAACAAUCAGUCAGCAGCAAAUGGAGAUCUUACAUGCUUGUAAUUUUGCUUAUUUAAUUUGACUCCAAAGCUAUUUAAUGUGUACUUAGGCUUGAACUGGCUUCUUAUUGCUCUAGGCUUUAGGGUUAGAGUGGUGCUACAUUUUGGGGUUUUUUGUUUUUGCAAAAGAGGUAUGUUUACAUUUAAGUAAUAUUGUAGGUUUGAUGUCCACUUGUAUGCAAACCAACAGAAGGUGCUUCAGUCGUGGUCAAUUUUCAAUUAGGGACAAGACCUUUUUCAAGGAGCAGAGGAGGUUACAGGGGUGAGGACAGUGAAGUGCCUGUACAUAGCAAUCCAAAGCGAACCAUUCAAAGCCCUUUGUAAAGCACGUCCAGCCAACUUCUGCCAUCUGCUGUGGGCACCCAAGGUGGUGAUGAAAAUUGUUCAUCUCCUGAGGGGAGAUGGCAGUCCUUAGCGUAGCUGCCCCCACCACUGAAGUGCCUAUGGGUAGGUCCUGGGGUGGCCUUGGGCUGAGGCAGGUGAGUCCCUGCUCCAAAGGCAGGAGCUGAGGGUGCUUCACCACCACACAGCACUGGGCUUCUAACCAAAUAAAAUGACCUAAUUUUCACACCAAGUCAUAAACACAAGUAAUGGCAGUGUGUGCAGUGUCCACUUCUAGCAAAUCCCCUCUGAACGCUUGGCUGUGCUAGAGAUCAGAAUGGAGCUGAAGGUGCCAAGCGAUAGUUUGUGUGACAUGAGAUACCUGUGUUGUCACUGAAGUGAAAACUGUCUGUGUUUGGAUGUUUUCAAGGACAGGUUCAGAUCUCAUCCACACUAGAACAAAUUACAGGUUUAACCCAAAAGAAAACAACCAAAGUUGGUAUCCAUUAAGACCUUAUCACUCGUUACCAGAGGAGUCAAGCUUAACAAGAUGCAGCCCCCCACCUUCUCCUUUUAUCAGCAAGUAUUGAGAGCACUCCCUGGCACCCGAGGCAGAAGAAGGACCUAAAGCUUCAUCCUUUGUGUCACCAACUAACCUUUAAAAAAAGGCAGAAUCACCAGAGAGGAUGGGUCCUCCAUCCCCGUCCUGUGUGGGGUUCCUGCAGCUUUCUGGGACGCGCGUGGCUGCGCGUGGCACUCGGCAGGACACAGCCCUGCUGCCACCACAGCCCUCUUCAGCGUGAAACCAGUAUCAAGACCUGACCUUCACUAUCUUGCAAGAAUUUGUGUUUCUUUCUAAUCCCUCCCUAACCCUUCUUUGCUGCUGCUAAAAUGUGGAUACUGCCACUUUCCUAUACAUUUAUCCAAAUCCAUGAUUGCUUAAAAAGCAUGCUGUCAAGCGAAGGAAAACUCACUUUACGUGGUGCAAGAGGUACUCACUAUUUAUAUAUAAACCUGAAAUGUGUGCAUUUUGUACUGUUUUGCAAAUCCCAUAUUUUGUGAAUGUGUGCAAAAAAAAAAAAAAAAAAAAGCCUUUCAGUCUGAUGUACAAAU